UGUUGUCUGCUUCUAAAAAUGGCGUUUACGUUUGUUGCAGCUUGCUACAUUUUGGCUCUUGUUUUGACUGCAGUACUCAUAUUUUUUGCAAUAUUCCAUAUAAUUGCUUUUGAUGAGCUGAAAACAGAUUAUAAAAAUCCAAUCGACCAAUGUAACAGUCUGAAUCCGCUGGUGCUGCCCGAGUACUUCGUACACAUAUUCUUCACGAUGCUGUUCAUAUUUUCCAUGCAGUUUUCCACAGUGAUCCUGAAUUCACCUCUUAUCAUUUACCAUAUCAGAAGGUACAAGAACCGGCCAGUCAUGAGUUCCCCUGGACUUUAUGAUCCCACAACGAUCAUGAACGCAGACCAGCUCAACCGGGCAAUACGCGAGGGAUGGGUUAAACUAGCCUUUUACCUAAUCUCCUUCUUCUACUACUUAUACAGCAUGAUUUUUGAACUUGUAUCGUCAUAAUAUGGAACAUGGUGCCAUAGAGACAAUUCUCUGUGAAAAAAUGCAGGCAGCCGACUGAACAAAGAAAAUGGAAAAAAAGAAAUGAGCGCAUGAGAAUAAGAUUGGGGUAUUCUCUUAUGUGCUUGAAGAUUACUCCUAACUGUGUUACGAGGACUGGAAAUCCAGGAGCUGUAUUACAGAACCAUCUGAACAAUUUAUAGAAUAAGUUAACUUAGAUGUAUGUAUUUCUUGAACAAACUAUUGCUCUGAAAGUGAUUUCAGUUUGGUAAAUUUUGUUAAUAAAUUGAAUUUGAAAACUAUACAUAUGGAUUUUAGCAUUUAAGAAAAUUAUCAAUUUGAUAAAAAGAUACAACUUUAAUAUAAGAUGCUUCUGUAAAAUGGCCAGGAGCUUGUAGUGUUUUACAUUGUGUCCCUUAAAAUGCUUUAAUCACAGACUGACAUUGAAUAUCGUGCCUGCUACCUCUCUAUUGUCAUGUUUCAUUAAAAUGCUAUAUUUUUAACUUCGAAAGUAUUUAUGUAGUUGUUGAGUAAGAUUAUUUUAAUAUCAAUUUAAUUAACUUGAAUUCGGGUACAAACUAUCUAAUUUUUACAUUUGGAAUAUUUGAAGGGUACUCUGUAUAAUAAAGUCUGAUGCUAUUUUUCAAUGUCAGUCUGUUUUAUUCCACCAAAUAUUUUUGCUGUUUAGUAACUAUAUCUGUUGUGAUAGAUAAAAUUGAAUUGAAUACUUUGAACAUUAUAUGUACCGGGAACCUAGUAUUUAUGUUCAUGCACAUGUGUAUGCUUAAUUGUAUUGUCAUAUUUACUCCUUAUUUGGAAGAUAUUCGUGUUGAAUGUAUUACUGGUACAUUCAAACAUAACAUUCACAUCAACUAAGUUUUGGAAUUCUUAACAUUUGUAGUACCAUCAAUGCAAACAUACACGAGUCAUAGAGUGAACUUUUACAGCUAGAUGAUAGAAAAACGAUAUAUGGCUGUUUGUCAAUCCAAUUGUGUUAUUGGCUAAAAAAGGUCAUAUUAAAAUUUAUUGCAUCAAAAAGUAAAAGUAUCAAGACCAUAAGGCUUUUUUAUACACUGUGCUCUUUUCGUGCAAUAGAAUAUAUUUCAAAGAAACAAAUCUACAAAAUAUGUAACGGUCCGCCUUUUAAAUAUCUCCUUUUGUACCAAGAUUUGCAGCAAUUGAUUAUCAAUUAGGAUUUAGAGCAAUUUAUUACAAAUAUGAUUUAUAUUGUAUUCUUUUUACAGGAAUGAUUUAGGUAUUUUAAGUUUGUGUGGAUUUUUUUUCCUUAUUGAAUAGAACAUAAUUGGUAUUUUUAUAGAAAAGAUGGCCUCAGUUCCUCGAAAAAUAUUAAGGGUAAAAAGCUUAAGUACCUUAAUUUUUCAACCAAACUACUUACUUAAACUUAAUUUUACAAAAUAGUUAAUCAUGAUUAUCAUAAAGAUAAUGUCAGAAUUCUUCAAAAUAAGAAUAUUAUACAAAUGAUACCAAAACUUAAACAGUAUGAUUAGCUUGAUCCUGUUAUAAGGGACUUAAGACUGUUCCAGAAGUUGGGGCCUGGGAAAGGGAAUGUUUCCAGUGUGUAGGGUGUACAUUAUAUCCUGUGUAAAGAGAUUUUAUUUAUCGUAUUGUGUUGUAUACAAAAAUCUGUUUUAUCUUUAAUAAAUUCUCUAAGCUUUA